UACGUUAGUUGUUUUGAGCAUUACAUACUUGCCAUCAGGGAGAUGCUUGAAACAUCGAAGAAAAUGGUGAAGAGACAUACCGUUCUCCUACUACUUGUCUUUGUAAUUAUGUUCUCCUACAAUGUCCUGGAGGGUGGUGCAUACCAGAACCAAGUGGCAUUCUCUCGCAAAGAGCUGAAAGCACAGCAGAAAGUAUCCUUUACUGCAGUGGAUCCAUCGCUUGGCGGGCAGGUUUCCGGCGCAACCGAUGCAGGAGGUGCAAGCAAUAAUGCUGAAAUAUCAAAUGCUAAAACUACUGCUGCCACGGAGUCCCACCGUGACGUCUCAUGGGAUCAGUUCCGUGGUAUCAUCAUCCACACCCACCAGGUCAAGAAACCAUAAUGAUGAACUAAGACAAACGACCAUGGGCACCAAUCUGAUAUAUAUCCAUGGAUGAACAAAUUAUCAAGUUGGCAAUUUCUACACUAAGAUGUGGGUUCUCUGUUAUAUAUGUGUGUGUAAUAUAAUAUGGAACUGAUAUAUUCUAAGACUUGGAUGGUAUGUUUGGAGUAUCAAGCUACUUAUUGCUGUACUAAUUAUUGUACAUGGUAUUGUACUAUACACUGCAGAAUAAACAUGCCCACGGUCCAUGGUAAUGCCCACUAUUUAUAAUUAUAUCUUCCAUGCGAUUCCAUGUCGUUCUAUAAGUAGAACUACUUUCCAGUACUAGUAGAAUAAUCUAUAUAGUGUCUCAAGCUUGUUUUUAUCAGUAAUAUCUGAAUUUUAAGGUUAAAGUUGGUCUCUAUUAUCUGUACACGUAUAGUACAGAAAUGUUACAUAUUUUCCAAGACGAAGGAGAGUGGGGUACACAAACUGACCAUGGCCCUCCCCUGCACGACCAACCACAAAUUAGAUGCCCACAAAAAAAAUUCAACCUAGCAAUCAGGCCCAUUAUUAGUAGUCUGUUAGCCUAAAAAUUGUAGUUUCAUGAUGAGAACAUGUGGUGACAGCAGGGGGUCGUGGCUGCUCCUGGUGCACAGCUAUUAUUAGGUAGUUGCACAUAUAGGUGUGAGAUGCUCAUGUCGUGCUGAAUUAUGCAUUUGCUUGCAUGUCAUCAGCGUUGUCUGGUCGUGCACAUACAAGCCUGUUAUUAGUAUGUUCCAUAUAUUGAUCCGAGAUGUUCCUGUGGUGCUGAAUUAUGCAUCACCAUGUAUAUGUGAUUGCGGCUGCGCGCGUAUAUAAGCAUGCACAAGCAUCGAUCCUAACUUGUCAUUCAGAGUUUUACAAUCCCAGAUAAGUGUACAUUUUACAGGGCGCGUUUUGGCAGAUACAAAUAAGGAAGAAUGGAGUCAUCACACAAGCUUUUCCCGGCCGUUGCCAUCCUCCUCCUGCUCGUCGUCGCCACCGAGGUGGUGCCAGCGCAGGCACGAGAGUGUGAGACAGAGAGCGAGCGGUUCAACGGGCUGUGCUUCGUGUCCGAAAACUGCGCCGGUGUGUGCGGUGCGGAGGGGUUCACCGGUGGCAAGUGCUCCGGCUUGAAGAGGAGGUGCAUGUGCACGAAGGAGUGCUAGACGAUAUCAUGAUAUAUUUAGGUGGUUGGACGGCGACAAUUAUGAACUUAUUCUUUGCAUGGUUUGAAUUACCUUUGUUCGUAUGUUUGAUAAAGUUCCAGGUUCACCGCGAUGUUAUCCUUGGGUUCGAAUGAAGGAAAAUGUUUUGUUUCUUUAAAGAAAAGAAAA